UCAUUUUUGUUCAUCAUUUUAAGUGGGAACAUUGGCAUAGAAAUACGGAUCUUCAGUGACGACUGAUUUCUAAAUAUUGUGUUACAUGUUUCACGGGUUAUUGAUUUUGGGGAAAAAGAGAGUCUAUAUAUAUAUAUUUUCCCCUCUUGUUGAAAAUAGGUCUACUGCUGGAUCGUUCUUGCUAAGUGGCAGUGUUACUGUUGUUUGACCCGAGGAAGCUGUCUCGAAGCAGUAACUGGGUUACGCCACAAAGAAAUCUCUUGGAGUUUACUUAUUGGACAAAGAAGUGGCACAGUGACAGUUGAAGGCAGACGUCUCAUUCAGUGAAUGUCAAGGCUUGCUUCACCAACAAAGCUUAUAUAAAUAUCAUCUGAAAAUAAGUGAUGGAAUAAUGCCAUGACCAUGAAAUUAAAUCCUGAAUAUGUUGGUGUCAAGAGGAAAUAUGUGGACGAAUUAGAGGGACGUCCUGUGAAAAGAAUUUCUCCAUUCCACAACACCCCCAAGGAACGCAAGGAAGAAAGAAGGAAAAUUCUGAAAAUGUCUAUUCAAAAACUUAGGCAAAUGGAGGACCCUGAAUAUUUUUUGACCCGGUCAGUGUUGAUAAACAACACACUUAAAAAACUACAACAAGAAAUACGCGAGGAAAAGAAAUAUCAAGGUUACAAAAACUGUAUAUACAAGUUACGUCCUAGUUACGGUUAUGAUGUGCUCAAUAACAGUUAUCUAGCAUCACCGGAUUCCGUGUUUGAAGAUCCGUUUUCUCUACCGGAUGAUUCUGAUAAAAUGAUCACGGACCAACUUACUCAAAGGUUAGUGAAUGAGGGACGAGAAGAUCAGACAGAUUCCCCACGGGUGGAUCCCGUGGAAAACGGGGUGGACUGUGUUAUACCCGACACUUCACCAUUUUGUGAAAAUAAUGAAACUUUAAGUGAUGUUGACACUUUGCCCGUGAGUUCCUCUGUGCACAAAUCUUGUAGUGAAAGGCAAAUUUGUUCCGACAUGGACGUGUUAAAUAACUUAAUCCAUGCAUUGGAAGAGACGUAGCGAAUGCCAAAACGAAUAAAUAUCUGUGGAAAUAUUUCGACAAUUUUGUGUGUAAAAAAGCGCCCAAGCAUUAUUUAUGUUUUGAGAGAAACAUCAUGUCUGCUUAGUAAUGUAUUCAUUUCAUGGAAUGGUAUUUAUAUAAGGUUUAUUUAUAUGCAAUGCAUUGUUUAUUAAUAAAAGUUGUCAUGAUUCACAACA